GGGCAGAAGAUAUGAGAGGAACACACAUAGAUGUUGGCAUGUCAGGAUGAAGAAUGGGAUUCCACUGGAUACUUUAGGCUUUAAUGCCUACCUUGGAUGAACUGAUAUUUAGCAAAUGUUUGGAUCAGCGACAUAUGGUCAGCUCUGGGAACUGUCAGGCACCGUGACAAAUUUUUAAUGUAAAUGUCUGUUUGUAGUCAUUUCAGAGAUCUUUCUGUUGCCUCAGACCUUGACAACAAGCGUGAAUGUUCACAGAAGAUGAUUGAGGAGUAGCCAAGGGGAACGGCAAAAGUAUCCAUGCUCAUUACUCAGUUAAUGACACAGACGCUGUGUGAGAUGGGAGACAUAAAGGACUCAACGGACACAUUUACAUGAGCAGCGUUUGUGUGAGAUCCCUCUAAGCUUAAUGGAAGUCUUUACUGUCUGUGUGUGUGAGUCUCUGUAUCUCUGCGAUGUUCCCCUGUCACUCUCUCCUGCUUCUGCUGCUCAAUGUCUGCAGCCUGACUGCUCCCUCAUUGGCUCUGCCUUUUGAGCAGAGAGGAUUCUGGGACUUUGCUAUGGAUGGAGAAAUGGGAGAUUUGACGACCGUAAUGAUGAGAGAUGAAGAAGGUUCUGCUGUGGAGGAGCUGCCGCCGGAUGUGUUUUCAUGUCCCUUUGGCUGCCAUUGUCAGCUCCAUGUGGUGCAGUGCUCAGACCUGAGUUUGAUCGCAGUGCCCAAGGAAAUUCCCAGAGACACCAAACUCCUGGACCUGCAGAACAACCGCAUCACAGAACUGAAGGAGAAUGACUUCAAAGGACUUUCUAACCUCUAUGCUCUGUCACUGGUCAACAACAAGAUCUCCAAAGUCCACCCGCGAACCUUCGCACCCCUCCUACACUUAAAAAAGCUGUAUUUUUCCCAUAACCUCCUGACAGUGGUACCCAAAAACCUUCCCCCAUCCCUGGUAGAGCUGCGCAUUCAUGACAACCGUAUUAAGAAGGUUGCAGAAGGAACGUUCUCUGGUCUGGGCAGCAUGAACUGCAUUGAGAUGGGCGGAAACCCUAUUCAGAACAGCGGCUUUGAGCCUGGUGCUUUCAAAGGCCUGAAACUCAACUACCUGCGCAUCUCUGAGUCCAAACUCACUGGAAUACCAAAAGACCUCCCUGACAGUCUUCAUGAGCUCCACUUGGACAAUAACCAGAUCCAGGCCAUUGAACUAGAGGACCUGAGCCGCUAUAAACACCUGUACAGAUUGGGUCUGGGUUUCAACCACAUCCGGAUGAUUGAGAACGGCAGCCUAUCAUACGUCCCUAAUCUCAGGGAGCUGCAUUUGGAAAACAACCGGCUGACCCGCGUCCCCAUGGGUAUGCCAGACAUGAAGUACCUGCAGGUGCUCUACCUUCAUUCCAACAACAUAAGUCGAGUGGAUGUUAAUGACUUCUGCCCUCGGGGUUUCGGCAUGAAGAGGAGCUUCUAUAAUGGCAUUAGCCUCUAUGGCAACCCGGUUAACUACUGGGAGGUGCAGCCCGCCACCUUUCGCUGCGUUGGAGACCGACUGGCCAUUCAAUUCGGAAACUAUAAGAAGUAGAGAAUGGAUGAAAAGAGAGAUCUGGGGACAAAUAACAAUGCUGGAAUUAAAACAGAACAGAAAAAACUUGGAGAAAGUGGGCCAAAAUGGUGUCAACAAACAGUAUUUGCGAAUCAUUUUUAUUAUGCAUCUUUGGAUAUAUUCGUUUAUGAAGCCUAAAGGUUGACACCAAGUAUGUUAACUAUACUGAUAAAGAUAGCACAGUCCACACCGCGACUAUAACAAUACGGUUUGUUGGAAUAACUAUCAGGCUGAUUUUAUUCAACUGGUGAAUGAUAAAAACAUAACAGCCAAUCAGAAUCCACAUUUUAAAGAGCUCAAGUAUUUAAAGGGGCAGACGGCAAAACUGCUGCAGGUUUAUAAUGAACAGAACGUAACCAUCUGUGAAUGUUAAUAUAAUUAUCGUUAUCUUUAUAGUUAUCAUACUUGAUAAGAACAGCAAUAAAAAUAAGUAAUAAGUUUAAAUUUAAACUCGCACAACUGGCUCAAAACCAUUGUUUUACAGUAAAGUCUUAACAUUAUCAAUUCACUUUUUAAGGGCUCUUUGUUUUCUCGACACUUUUAUAAUAAUAUUGAUAUGUACUGUUAUAUUGUGAUUAUUUUAUAUUAGUUAAUGUUGUUUUUUAACAGUGAAGUUUGGAUGGGAUGUUGAAAUAGAAAGGUUAAAUCUAGAUGUUAAAUCAUGGUGCUUAUAAUAAUCUGUGUUGUUUGUAAAAAAAAAUUGUAGCUUGCUUUUUUUCUCCUUUUUUACCUUGCUUCCUUGCUUCAGGGGUCUUAUUGUUGUGGGAGUACUUUUAGGGCAAUGGAUUCAAAUUUCAUUCAGCCGUAUGCUUCAUGCUCUUACCCAGCCCUUUUGGGUUAGAGGCUGAUUCAGAAAAGGAUUGUAAUGCUAUGUUGUUUUGCACAGUUUCUUUAUGAAUUUCAAAUCUUUUCUUUGUAGCGUAUUGUUUUUCUCAUGUUUUCUUUGGCAGUGACCCUGCAUGCAUUUAGGCUAGUGUGCCGCACACUACUGCAUGUCCCAAUAAAAAUAUGUCUUCAGGAGCAGACGUGGCGUACCAUCGUGGUUUGAAAGCUGUGACUAAUAAAACUUGAGUUAACACGAGUUUGAUGAGUUCAGUGAAAUAAAACAUUUGCAGUGCUCUCUUUGUUAAACAAGAAUGUCUCCUCUUUUUUUUUUUUCAAUAAAGCCAAAUAUUGAUUGAUAGCAUUAUCGAGCACAUUGUCAGUGGGUCACUCUACUUGAUGCAAACUUUACAAAAUUACAGAUUUUAUGCACGACAAAAAUAAAACCUACAAUUAAUAAAA